GGACAUUCGCUCGAGGGUACUUGCCGACGUUGAUGGUAUCAAGCUAGGACGCGAGUGGCACAGCCACGCCCAAUGUAUGGAGAUACAGCCAAGGAAUCGAAGGCCUACGCUGACAGGAUUGGCGCUGUCCAGACCAAUAUGUCAGAGCUUCUUGGAACCGACGCCCUCUCAAUGCGGGGUCUGCGGAGCUUAAGAAGGACAGCGCGCCAAUUCUAUUCAUCUUGUCCUCAUAGUGACAGUUUGACGACAAGAUGACGAUUCCAGACGAGGUCGAUAUCAUUGUUUGUGGUGGAGGGUCUUGUGGAUGUGUCGUCGCUGGACGAUUGGCCAACCUUGACCAUAAUCUCCAGGUCCUGCUUAUCGAAGGUGGAGAGAACAACCUGAACAACCCAUGGGUUUUUCGACCGGGGAUCUACCCCCGUAAUAUGAAGCUUGACAGCAAGACUGCCUCCUUCUACUACUCACGGCCCUCAGAAUGGCUCGAUGGACGUCGAGCUGUUGUACCCUGCGCUCACAUCUUGGGUGGCGGCAGUUCAAUCAACUUCAUGAUGUACACUCGUGCGUCUGCCUCAGACUACGAUGAUUUCCAAGCAAAGGGUUGGACCACCAAGGAGCUCAUUCCAUUGAUGAAGAAACACGAGACGUACCAACGUUCAUGCAACAACCGAGACAUACACGGCUUCGAGGGCCCCAUCAAGGUCUCAUUCGGAAAUUACACGUACCCUAUCAAAGAGGAUUUCCUACGCGCUUCCGAGUCUCAGGGUAUUCCGACCACGGACGAUCUCCAAGACCUGGUCACUGGUCAUGGUGCCGAGCAUUGGCUGAAGUGGAUCAACCGCGAUACCGGACGUCGAAGCGACUCUGCCCAUGGGUAUAUCCACAGCACUCGCGCUGUCCACCAGAACCUGCACUUGGCUGUCAACACUAAGGUCGACAAGGUUAUUCUUGAGGGUGGCAAGGCGGUCGGAGUACAGACCGUACCAACCAAGCCACUUCACCCUAAUCAGAAGCACAGCAAGAUCUACAGAGCUCGAAAGCAGAUCAUCGUGUCCGGUGGUACUCUUAGCUCGCCCUUGAUCCUUCAGCGAAGCGGUAUUGGUGACCCCGAGAAGCUCCGCAAGGCUGGCGUGAAGCCGUUAGUUGACCUUCCCGGUGUGGGAUUAAACUUCCAAGACCACUACUUGACCUUCUCCGUCUUCCGCGCUAAGCCGCACGUCGAGUCGUUUGAUGACUUCGUUCGGGGCGACCCGAAAACGCAGGAGGCAGUCUUCCAACAAUGGAACCUCAACGGCACUGGGCCAUUGGCGACUAACGGCAUCGAAGCCGGGGUGAAGAUCAGGCCUACCGAGGAGGAGCUGAAGGCGAUGGACUCCUGGCCUUGCAAGGAAUUCAGAUCGGGCUGGGACAGCUACUUCAAGAAUAAGCCAGACAAGCCGGUCAUGCACUACUCUGUCAUCGCCGGAUGGUUCGGUGACCAUAUGCUCAUGCCACCGGGCAAGUUCUUCACCAUGUUCCAUUUCCUGGAGUAUCCGUUCUCUCGUGGAUCGACGCAUAUUGUAUCGCCAAAUCCUUACGAGGCACCCGACUUCGAUGCAGGCUUCAUGAAUGACAAGCGAGAUAUGGCGCCCAUGGUCUGGGGCUACAUCAAGUCCCGCGAGACGGCACGACGUAUGGACGCCUACGCCGGGGAGGUUCAGGCCAUGCAUCCAUUUUACUCAUUUGACAGCCCUGCUCGAGCCAAAGACCUGGAUCUGGCUACUACGAAUGCGUACGCCCUCCCUGGAAACCUCACCGCCGGUAUUCAGCAUGGCUCGUGGAGCAUGCCUGUCGAGAAGGGCCGCGAUCCGGAACCUACGUUCCUCAAUUCCAAUUGUCAGCACGUCCUGGAGGAUCUAAAGUACACAAAUGAGGAUAUUAAACACAUCGAGGACUGGACGAAACGUCACGUUGAGACUACAUGGCACUCUCUAGGCACCUGCUCUAUGGCACCCAAGGAGGGCAACUCAAUCGUCAAGCACGGCGUACUCGAUGAACGCCUCAAUGUACAUGGCGUGAAGAACCUCAAGGUUGCGGAUCUGUCCAUCUGUCCAGACAACGUCGGCUGCAACACCUACUCCACCGCGCUGCUCAUUGGCGAGAAGUGCGCUGUUCUCACCGCCGAGGACCUGGGUUACUCUGGCUCCGCGCUCGACAUGAAGGUUCCAACGUACCACGCGCCGCGCGAGAUCACCGGCUUGUCGAGGCUGUAGAUAGUUUUC